UACGCCAAGAGCCAAAUAUUUUCGACACCAAUGUAUACUUCUCCUUCUGCUACGGAACGAGAGGACGACGAACCUGCCAUCAAAUCCCAAGCUUCAAAGCUGGAAGAAUAUUUUUUUCCAGCACAUAGGCUUAAGUCUCGACUUGAAGAAAUGGCAAAAGAUUACAUAUCAGACAAUACCCAAUUUGAAAUUAUUGGCGGUUAUUAUUCCCCCGUAUCGGAUCAUUAUACAAAGGAGGGGCUAGCACCUUCUUUUCAUAGAGUUCGUAUGUGCGAACUUGCUGUCGAACGAACCUCCCAAUGGUUAAUGGUUGAUGCUUGGGAAACUUUACAAUCUGAAUAUACACGGACAGCUAUAGUUAUGGAUCACUUUAACGAGGAAAUUAAUACUAAACGUGGUGGCAUUAAAACAUCAGAUGGUAAGUAA